AUGUCAAAAGCAUUAACAAUAGUUUUCGCACUCUGUUUCCACCAAUUGGUGGCCACUCGAGCAACUGGACGAUACCGUUUCGGUAUCACACAUUUUAAAAACUUCACCCUGGAAAUUAUCAACAACACUCUCUAUAUGGAUAUGAUAACCGCCAAGACGAUUCACCGCGGCCUAAAGGUCCUCAUAGACGUCCAACUCAGCCUCGAUAAGGGCAAGAGCUACCAGCGACUUUUCGCCCACAUUCUGGAUUGCUGUGCCGUAGUCUCAUCGGUGAAAACCAACCUCUUCAAGAGUUCGUUUGAAAGCAUGCUCAAGCGCGGAAACUUCAUGUACAACUGUCCAGUGCCCGCGGGGGUCUACUUCCUGCACGACUGGAAGCUCGACUCCCAUUUGGUUCCGCACUAUAUGCUGCCCGGUGACUACUGCGUGACCGCCCACUUCUUCUACGGCAAGCACAAGUCGAAGCAGGAGGAUGUCGUGCUCGACCUUGAUGUCUAUGCUCUGUUACGAGCAAAAUAG